AUGAGCGUCUGGGAAGAACUGGACAAUCAAUCAGAUGAGGAUUUUUGUGUGUACAUCAUGACAAGCGGCCGCACCAUGGAGUCCACCAAGGAAUUCUUCCUGAAGCACCGGUACUUUGGCUUGAAGAAAGAAAACGUGAUCUUCUUCCAGCAAGGGAUGUUACCAGCUAUGGGAUUUGAUGGGAAAAUUCUUCUGGAAGAAAAGGGCAAGAUCUCCAUGGCACCAGAUGGCAACGGGGGCCUGUACCGGGCCCUGGGUGCGCAGGGCCUCGUGGACGACAUGGAGCGGAGGGGCGUGCAGAGCGUGCACGUGUACUGCGUGGACAACAUCCUGGUGAAGGUGGCCGACCCCGCGUUCAUCGGCUUCUGCCUGGAGAAGGGAGCCGACUGCGGGGCCAAGGUGGUGGAGAAGACCAACCCCACGGAGCCGGUCGGCGUGGUGUGCCGGGUGGACGGCGUCUACCAGGUGGUGGAGUACAGUGAGAUCUCCCUGGCCACCGCGCAGAAGCGGGGCCCGGACGGGCGGCUGCUCUUCAACGCGGGCAACAUUGCCAACCACUACUUCAGCACGGCCUUCCUCAAAGACGUGGUCAACACUUACGAGCCGCAGCUGAAGCACCACGUAGCUGAGAAGAAGAUCCCCCACGUGGACAUCGCUACUGGGCAGCUCAUCCAACCUGAGAAGCCCAAUGGGAUCAAGAUGGAAAAGUUCGUUUUUGACAUCUUCCAGUUUUCCAAAAAGUUUGUAGUGUAUGAAGUCCUGCGUGAGGAUGAGUUUUCUCCUCUGAAGAAUGCAGACAGCCAGAACGGGAAGGACAAUCCCACCACAGCCCGACAUGCCUUGAUGUCUCUGCAUCACCGCUGGGUUCUCAACGCAGGGGGGCAUUUCGUGGAUGAAAACGGCACACGCAUCCCUGCCAUCCCUCGUGUCACAAACGGAAGGUCAGAUGCCACCGCAGCUGAUGUGGAGGACAAUCUGAAGGAUGCGACGGACCUGCCCAUCCAGUGUGAGAUUUCUCCCCUCAUCUCCUAUGGAGGAGAAGACCUGGAAAAGUACGUGAAGGACCGGGAGUUUCGUGCACCUUUAAUAAUCGACGAGAACGGGAUCCACGAGCUGGUGAAGAACGGGCUGUAGUGGUCGG